AUGCCGUCAACAUCCGCCGGCGUGUCUCCCUCGGGCGAGCCUUCUGCUUUGACUCCUCUCCACGCCGCUUCGCAGUCGCCAUCGGCGAUUCAGAAAAAGCGACGACCACGCCCCAACGGGCGUGAGUCUCCGCUUUCUUCUCGCGCCUCGGCGGCCGGAUCGUCUCCACAGUCUGCCGCGAAGGGAGAGACACUCGAAAGAAAUAACCACGCGGAGGCUGGCGCUCCUGCGUCGCCUCUCGCCCUUCAAAACAACCACAGCUCGGCCCCCGCGACCUUAUACCCGCUUUCGCCUCUCGCCUGCCUGCCGCCUGCGCAGCCAGUCGCUUCUUCGGCCUUCUCGCGGUCGCUGUCGGGCCGAACGCUGAACUCUCCGUACUCCGCUUCGCGCCCGCCGAUCCCUGGGGAUAAGCCUCCAGGCCCCGUGGAUGUUGUGCUUGAGCAGCCGUGCAUCUACAAGCAGCAGGAUUUUUCGGUGCCGCUGCAUGCGGUCUCACCUAGGGGGCCGCAGCGUGGGAGUGCGUCGUCCACCGCCUCCACUCAGAACGGCGCGAGCGGGAGGAGCGGCGCCUUCUUUGCCGGCUGGUCAGAGAGCGAGGAAGACGUGUGCGUGGAGAAAAGCUCGGGAGGACACGGAGACGAUGACGGGCCGCCGUUUGGCCUCCUGCUCUCGAUGUCGUCCUCCGUCAUGGAGUGGAAGAGCCGCUUUGCCUUUGUCCUCGCCACCAUCGGAGCGGCCGUCGGCAUCGGCUGCGUCUGGAGGUUCCCCACCUACUGUUACAAGUUCGGCGGAGGCGCGUUCCUCGUCCCUUACGUGCUGAUGCUGGUCCUGCUCGGCAUGCCUCUCCUCACGCUCGAGAUGGCCCUAGGACAGGUGUUUCGCGGCGGGCAUAUGAAGUUGUUCAACUUGAUCUCGCCGCGCCUCCGAGGCCUGGCCGCCGCCACGAUUCUCCAAGCCUUCUUCAUCUGCGCGUACUACUCAGUGUUUCUCUCCUGGGGUCUCCACUACUUCCUCUCCUGCUGGCAAGCGCCGCUUCCCUGGGUUGUCUCCCCGCAGCAGGUGGAUCUGUGCGCUCAGUUCCACGGCGACCAAAGCGCAUGCGAGAACGCAGUUCGGCCGGCUACGCUGGACGUUCCGGCCUCCCCACAGUGGGCCGAGGGGACACAGAGGCUCCACGGGGGUGUCUCGGAGACAGGGCCCAACGUCUGUGCGUGGAUUCCUGCCCAGCUCACAGCCCCGGGUGGCGGCGUGGGCGAAGGCCGCUGCAGCGCAGACAUUCGGGCCAAGGCGCAGGACUUUCUUUUCACAGAGGUUUUGGGUUUGAGCGCGAAGCACCCCGGCAGCCUCACGUUCACUGUCCUCCUCGGCCUCGCCUUUGUUUGGGUCCAGGUGUUCUUCUCGCUCUUCAAGGGUUUGCAGUCGCUGACUGCGGUCAUCUAUGCGGCUGUGCUUCUUCCCAUCUUCGCCAUUCUCCUCGUGAUGAUCAGCGCCUUGACUCUGGACGGCGCCGACCUCGGGCUCUCGUACCUCUUCUCGUUCAACUGGCGAACGCUGGUGGACCAGCCGGAGAUCUGGGGCGAAGCGGCCUCCCAGGUGUUCUUCUCCCUGGGAGUUUUCCAGGGGGUCAUGACGGCGUACGCCUCCCACAAAAAAGUGACGCAAAACACGAUUGUCGACGCCACAGCAGUCGCAGGCAGCAACACCGUCCUGUCUUUCGUGAGCGGCGUGGCGACGUUUGCCAUCGCCGGGCACGUGGCGAAACGCGUCGGCGCGAUCGACCGAGUAACCGGCGCCGCAGACCUCUCGGCGAUGAACAUUGCGGGGAGUCAACUCGUGUUUGUUCUCUACCCGAUCUCUCUCGCGACUCUGCCGGCCCCGCAGCUGUUUUGCGCGCUCUUUUUCCUCGCGUUCUUUCUCCUCGGCAUCACCAGCGCGAUCUCGUUCGUGCAGCCCGUGAUUGAUCUGCUCAAAGCUUCCCGCCUACUCAAGCGGACGAAGCGGUGGAAACUGACCCUGGCUGCAUGCGUCGUCGGAUUCCUCCUCGGUCUCCCCUUCUGUCUCCGUUCCGGGAUCUACCUCAUCGAAUCCGCCGACUACCACUGGAGUGUGAUUGGUCUGACCUUCCUGGGGUGCUGUGAGUCUCUCGCCUUUGGAUGGGUCUACGGCCUCGGGCGACAAGUCCAGGCAGUGGGACUCUUGCCCGUCGCCAUUCACGCCGUCUCGUACCUCGGCGGCGCCACUCUGGCUGCAGUGAUUCUCUUUGUCGUCUCCCCUCCUAACCGGUUCGUCCUCGCCUCAGCCGUCUGUCUUCCUCUGAUGCUCGUCGGCUCAGCCGUCGCCCUCUACUUGAGUCCCCAGCUUCCAGCGCAACAGGCACCGGGUCUCCACCCCACACCCCUCCAGAGCCUCGCGCGGAAACCGUCUCUCGCCUCGCUCUCUGAGGCGUCUGGAAAGGAUCCUGUUCGAGAGUCUCCCGCGCCGGGGCAGCGUGGCGGCGACGCUGGAGCACGGGGAGAAUGCGGCAGCCAUGGCGCCUUCCCCACUCUGCCGGGAAACUGUGGAGAGGAAGCGCGGGGCGAGGCCGCGAUGGACACGGGAGAUUCCCCAAGGAGUGGGGUGGCCUUGACCCCGUCGCCGUCUUCCCUGAGGCCUUCUCGCGGCGCAUGCAGCUCUCUGACUGCUCCCGCAACUCUAUCGAUUCGCGACCGCAUGUACUGCCUGUAUUUCGGAAACGUGGAGCAUUUGCGGCUGAACCUGAACGCGAUCACGGCGUCAAACGCACGCGUUGUCUGCCUCUGGCCCGCCUGGUCUGUUGUCAUCAAAUACGUUUGCCCCCCCAUUCUCCUGUUUCUCCUCUUUAACGAACUCGGAAAAGGCGCCUUCCUCUCUUUUGGCGGACUACCGCUGCCCUACCACGCUGCUGCGCUCGCCGUCCUCGGCUUCAUCGCCUUCCUGGUUUUCCUCGGCGUUUUUCUUCCCCAGUUCUGGGGUGGAUUCGUGCCGGAGAAAAACCCCAGACGAAAAGCGGUUGGGAAACAGGGAAAGGGAGACUGGGCCACCGACGCAGCUUCCGGCGUCACUGCAGGAGCGCCCCUGUCGGCUGUCUUCGCGGCGCGCGGGGCAGGGAAGACCGCACUGAGGAGCAACUGA